AUGGCGCCGACGUCCUACAUCCGCAGCGUCAGCGCCUCGAGCGAACACUUACGGACCCUCGUUUCUCGCUCCGUGUCCUCGACCUUCGACACAGUCUCCUCGAAGCACUCCCUUACGACUUCCCGAACUUCCCUCGCAUCUUUCUUCGCACUCAUCAUCAGAGAGGCGCUACAAUUCUCACGACGCACGCUCCUUGCCUCGUCUGCCCCUUCAAAUGCCAUCCGCCGGGAACCCGUGCAGCCCGUCUUCCUUCAACCGUCAACGCAUCUCGAUAAACGGCAAAAUGCCAUCCUCGCAAUCCCGACCACCUACGCUGGUCUGAACUCCGGUCCUGCUCCCGGUGCCUUAGUCGGUAUUGUGCUCGGCUCCGUUGGUGGCUUCAUCCUUAUAUUAUACAUCAUUCUCUCGGCAUUCCGCCUCUCAGGCUGGGGAGGCGGCCGAGAAGUCGUGCAAGAAGAAAUCAUCCGGCAUCAUCGAAGAAGACCUUCCCGCAGCAGUCCGAGCAGCAGAAGCCACAGCCAGCCAAUGAGCCACGUCAGCAGUCCCCGAUCGGAAAGGAUAGUAGUGGAGGAAGAUAUUGUGGAAGUGGAAGAACACCACGGUCCACCUAGCGUCGAGGAAGACUAUGUCGAAGUCAUUGAAGAGCACUCACCAGAACGGUCGCCGCCGCCAAGGAAAACCAGUCGCAGAAGUGGCUUUAGGACGGUGGAUCCGGCGGAAUUUGGGGGAGGAGGAAGGCCGAUGAGGAAGGUUUCGAGGCGGUAA